AUGCGCAAUGAUUCACUAGGACCUCAGCAUACAAUCAGACUCAAGGUUAUUAUUUAUCACAGUGAAAGAGAACAGAACAAAAUCUUCAAAGGAAAAAGGCACACAGGCAAAAUCCAGAGAAAACCAGGGAACAAGGGAAGGAUGUCUGCUCAGGCCACUCUGAAAGUUCUCAUCUGCACAAUAAGCAGCGUGCCCGGCAGCCCUCACCUGGCACUCGCCAGCACCAUAGCCUCCUUCUCGGAGCUCGCCUGCAUCUACUCGGCCCUCAUCCUGCAGGACACAGAGUGUAAGAUCAAUGCCCUCAUUAAAGCAGCCGGUGUAAAUGUUGAACCUUUCUUUUUUUUUUUUCCAUUUAUUUUUAUUAGCUUGUUUGGAAAGGCUUUGGCCAAUGUCAGCAUCGGGAGCCUCAUCUGCAAUGUGGGGGCUGGAGGACUUGCCCCAGCAGCUGGUGCUGAUACCGCAGGAGGUCCUGUCCCCUCCACCACUGCUGCCUCAGCUAAGAAGAAAGUAAAAGCAAGGAAAGAAGAAUCUGAAGAGUCUAAUGAUGACAUGGGCUUUGGUCUUUUUGACUAA